AUGUUUGAGGGCAUUACACAUGCGACUGUUAAUGUGGCAACUCUAACACAUCUUGGAAAGAAUCGGGAAGAUUUUGGCUCAUAUUAUAUGUGGAAUGCUAUUGGGGCAACAGUCUCUAUAUUUGGAACGGCAUUGGUAGCAUGGCUAAUGCGGAUAAAUAUUUGUGGAAAUGAAAAAUAUGGCUAUUUUGCAGCUUUCAUCAUCGCAGCAUCUUUGGUAGUGCUAUCUUUGCUCUCUAUACCGUGGUUCAAGUUCGAAUAUAGCAAUGAUCGCACAAUAAAUUUUGCAGAAAUAAAAAGUCUUUUGUGUAACUGUCAUUGCAUUUCCAUGUAUUUACUAACAUUGUACAUCGGACUGUGCGCGGCGUUUCAGAUUUAUUGGGAAUUUUGGUACCUAGAUGGACUUAAUGCCAGUCCAUUGGUGAUGGGUGGGGCAGCUUUGAUUCGAAGACCAGUAGUUGCUUGUACACACUUCUGUUCAAGUUACGUCAUUAAAAGGAUAAAUGACGUAGGUGCUGUAGCAUUGUCUUUACUGUUGUUUUCUCUAUCGUUUCUUGCUCUUUCAUUUACACGAAUUUAUUGGUAUGUUCUCGCCAUUGAUGUUGUUCAAGCCUGUGCUUUUGGAUUAGCUUACAGUGCAUUGGCAGUACAUUUUUCAAAAGUAGGCUCGGAAGCAAGCUUUGGCGUCAUAAUGGGGAUUCUAAGCAUGUGUUUGCAAGUGGGGACAGAUUCAGGAGCUUCACUCAUGGGAAUAAUUUUCCACCACUUGGGAACACGCUGCACUUUACUAAUUUAUGCUGUUGUAUCUGGUUUUGUCUUUAUCGCAUUCAUUGUGUAUCUCACAGUUACAAAACAAAUGAAUCAAUACGCGAAACUAAAUAAUGCUUGUGAUGACGAGGCUGUAAAAGUUCAUUUUGAUGAAAAUGCUGACAAUGAUUUUGAUGGAAAAAGUGAUGAUGAUUAUAGUCAUGAUGAUUGGUGAGGACGUUCGUGACAAUGGUGAUGGUGACUAUAGGAAGUUUAUGACAGUAUAUGUCAUUAGUAGAUUUAGCGUUUGUCAAAAUAAAUCAUAACUCUCUAAUUUUAAGUUCAACAUACCUUCAAAAUAAAAAUAUUGUUUUGGAAUUUCUAAAGAAAA